AUGGCACGAAUCGCAGGAGGCUCGAAAGGGUGUCAUGCAUGCCGGAGGCGCAAGAAGCGUUGCGACGAACAGCGACCAUCGUGUGGUCAAUGCCUGUCGCGAAACACUUCCUGUCCGGGCUAUUCGCGCGAAAUGAAGUUCAUCAAUGUGUCCUAUCAGAGGAAAGGUCGUUCCAGUCAAGCGGUAUCAGAGUCUAGCUCGACCACUGAAGUCAGCUCCGACGGUCGAGAGGUUGAUGCCCAGUCAGACCUUGCGGUCACACAUCGCGUGUGCAGCCGUGGGCUAUCCUCCCAUGCCCUUACCCUGCAGCGCUCUGCUGUUGCGUAUUACUGUGGCGCAUACUUCCAUAACAACGUCAUCCAAACGGGGCUAGACGUUUUUGGAAAGUCGAGCUAUAUCGACUGGAUGGCCUUUACCCCUGACCUCGAUGUAGACGAGCCGAGUUUGAAGUCGGCUUUGCUGGCACUCGGUGCGGCUCGAAUGGGUCGCAUUUCCCAGGAUCCCCGUUUGACUCGGAUAAGCUCAGAAUCAUAUUCCCAAUCCCUGAGACAUCUUCACAGAACCAUUCAAAAUGGAACCCGGGGCCUCCGAGACGAGACCCUAGCAAAAGGAUCGUCUAGCAGAGGCCUGGGUUGGGCGAGCCAUACCCACGGAGCCCUUUCAUUGGUUCACUCACAAGGUCUGGACAGUGAAUGGUCUCCGGCAAGACAUAGACUGUUUGACGGAUUACGGCUUUCCGCUAUGAUCCAUUGCAUUGGAACAAGGAAACCCACCUACCUUGCAACGCCAGAAUGGACGUCUGUUCCCUGGAAGGGGUAUAAGAAGGAACCAAAACAGUACUUACUAGACCUGAUGGUGGAGAUUCCGGCUUUAUUGCAGAUGAUUGACUCGGCGUAUAACACGUCAGAUAUUCCCCAGAAUUUACAAAGGCUAUCUACAAUCUACAAGGAAUAUUUGAGUCUCUCUAGACGGCUCCGGGCCUGGUAUGAGGCAUACAAAAGGGACUACCCUGCCAAGCUAUACUGGGAGCAACCGGCGAGCUUUCAUUCAAGCCACGCCAUGCCACAGGAGAAGUUCCCUCCGACGAGUAUCUAUUUUUCUGACUUUGAGACGGGUCAUAUUCACCUGCUGUACUGGACCUCUCAUGUCCUUCUCUGCAGCAAUCUCUACAUGCUAUAUCUGAGCUGUCUAAGGAAUGCUCCCGAGGGGAGUCGGCCGCCGUUCCUCCCGUUCCCUUGCGAUGCACAAGAGAUGCAUGAUAUGGCCGUCAAUAUUGGCAAAUGCGCUGAAUACUUCUUGCAACCAAAGACAAUUGCCUUGGGUGCUUGUGUGAUCUCCUUUCCGGCGUCAAUUGCAUUCGGGUACUUCGACUAUUACAAUCUCCCUGAGCGCAACUGGUUCUACCAUAUCUUUGAGUACACGAAGAUGUUUGGCAUUGAUGUAGGCGGUUUUCUCGAUGCGGUUCCAACGGAAACAAAUCUGCAACUUGUGGUCUGUUAG